CACAGAGGAGCACAGAGAGAUUAGCGUUAGCUUGUCCUUUGUUAGAAGGUUGUACGAACACGGAUUUGGCGUUUUAGGUAAAUAUCUGAGUAUUUGCUUUAAAAAUGUCUUCAGUUCAGCCUCAGAGAGAGUUUAUCAACGAGCAGGUAACUCCUGCUGGAGAAACAUUCACAGAGUUUAAAGAAACCAACGUUAAGAUGGAGGAAGAGAUGGAGGAUCAGCGCAGACUGAUGGAUUUUACCCGGAUACCGAGGAUCAUCUUACACCGGAUAGAUCUCCCACAAUGUUGGGCGUGUAAAGAGGAGGAGGUUCUGAAUGAGCCCAGCAACCAGCAGGAAAACUCCAAUUUAUAUCAAGAGAAUCCAGAACCUCUGCAGAUAAAACAAGAACCAGAACCUCUGCAGAUAAAAAAGGAGCAAGAGGAACCAGAACCUCUGCAGAUAAAACAGGAGCAAGAAGAACCAGAACAUCAACAGUUCAAAGAGGAAGAGAAGCAACUCUGCAUCAGUCAGGAUGAAGAGCAUCUUGUGCUGAAACAGGAGACUGAUGACAUUUUGAUGAUGCCUUCUAAAGUGCAAAGAAUCCAAGAUGAAAGGGAACCACUGAGGAACCAACUCAUCUCUCCUGAAGUUGGGAUCCCGGACCAGGAAGGAAAUUAUUCUGAAAACUCAAAAGAGAGAAAUGAACAGGAACAAACUGAGAGAUGUCAGAAAACCAAACAGCAGAAAAGCAGAAAUGACAAUUCAACCCAAAAGAGACUCAGGAAAUCACAUCCAGAUCAAAGAUUAUAUUCUUGUCAAAUUUGUGAUAAAACCUUUUCUCGAACCAGAUACUUGACUAAACACAUGAGAACUCACACAAACAAGAAACCUUUCACAUGUUCAACUUGCGGAAAAAGAUACAGUCAAGAGGCUUGUUUAAUUAAUCACACGAGAGUUCACACAGGUGAAAAACCAUUCACAUGUGUUGCUUGUGGAAAAGGUUUCAAUUACAACAGCACGUUAAGGAUUCACAUGAGACUUCACACAGGUGAGAAGCCUCACUCAUGUGGGACCUGUGGAAAAGGUUUCCAGAGUAAAUAUAACUUACUUCGUCAUAUGAGGAUUCAUAUUGCUGAGAAGCCGUUUUCAUGUGGGACCUGUGAAAAAACCUUUGUGUGUAAAUCUGACUUAGUUAAUCACAUGAGAAUUCACACAGGUGAGAAACCUUUCUCAUGUAGGACCUGUGGAAAAAGUUUCUCUCAAAGAUACAGUUUAACUUAUCACAAGAAGACUCAUAGAAGUGAGAAGGUUUUCUCAUGUGGGACCUGUGGGAAAAGUUUCUCUCAAAGAUACAGUUUAACUUAUCACAUGAAGACUCAUAGAAGUGAGAAGGUUUUCUCAUGUGGGGCCUGUGGAAAAAGUUUUACUGAUAAAAAAAGUUUAAAUUUCCACAUGAGAAUUCACACAAGUGAGAAGCCGUUCUCGUGUGAGAUCUGUGGAAAAAGUUUAAGUCAUAAAAAAAGUUUAACCGCUCACAUGAGAAUCCAUACAGGUGACAAGUCUUUCACAUGUGGGACCUGCGGGAAAUGUUUCAGUCGAAAAGGCAAUUUAAAUGAUCAUAUCAAAAUUCACACAAGUGAGAAGCCUUUCUCCUGUGGGACCUGUGGAAAAAGUUACAGUGAAAGAAAGAGUUUAACUCAUCACAUGAGAAUUCACACAGGUGAGAAGCUUUUCUCAUGUGAGAUUUGUGGAAAGAAUUUGGCACACAAAAAAAGUUUAACUGCUCACAUGAGAAUUCACACAGGUGAGAAGCCUUUCUCUUGUCAAACAUGUGGAAAAUGUUUUAUGUUUAGUUCUAGUUUGCUUUAUCACAUGAAAUCCCAUUUAAGUGAGAAACCUUUCUCCUGUGAAACAUGUGGAAAAAGGUUCAGUCAGAAAUGUAAUUUAACUUAUCACAUGAGAAUCCAUACAGGUGAGAAGCCUUUCUCCUGUGGAACCUGUGGAAAAAGUUUCAAUCAAAAAUGUAAUUUAACUUAUCACAUGAGCAUUCACACAGACGAGAAACCUUUUUCUUGUGAGACCUGUGGAAAAAAUUUCUCUCGUAAAACAAAUUUAACCGUUCACAUGAGAACACACACACAGGUUUUAUGGAAUAAUGUGAACUUAAUGUACCAAGAUUCUCAGUAACUUGCUGUUUAGAAGAGGAGUAACUGCAGCUGGAUCACAUUUUUAAUUGUAACAGCUUUGUUUCAAAUAGGAGAUUUAGCUGAAAUACUUAAACGUUCACUUUGUUCUCACAGUUUUAUCUUUCCAUUUAAAAUUGAUAUUUUGAGUGAGAUAUGACUUAAGACUUAAGUCACACUUUUCAUCACCAUCAAAGCUGCUGGUUGGGGAAUGAAAUUGUGCUAAAUAAUGAUCAGGGAUGUUUUCCCUUUUUGUUUGUUUAAAUAUCUGCAUUGACUUUAUUCUUGUUAGUUACUCUAAACUGUAAAGUUUUUUUGUCUUUGACAUGGUUUUUAUGUUUUGGACAGAACAUGUAUUGAUGAUGUGGUUUGAAUUAUAGAUAGAAAAAAUACUUGCAAAAAAACUUUCUUCAUAAUUCUCAGAUAAUAAAGAUUACUUGCC